AUGAGUCACAAGUCCACCGGUCGUUUCCUAAUAUUCCUCCUCGCUUCCGCCCUCGCUGCCGGAAUACCAACCGCCGCCGCCGCCGCCCGCCACCCUUCUGUUUCACAUGACUACGGCGACGCAUUGACCAAGUGCAUCAUGUUCUUCGAAGGCCAACGCUCCGGCAAGCUGCCCCCAACCCAGAGGCUCACCUGGCGGCGCGACUCUGCCCUCAAAGACGGUUCCGACAUCGGGAUGGAUUUGGUGGGAGGAUACUACGAUGCAGGGGACAACGUGAAGUUCCACCUGCCGAUGGCGUGGACGACGACGAUGAUCGGAUGGAGCGUGCUGGAAUUCGGCAACAAGAUGGGCUAUCCCGACCUGAGGCACUCCCUCGACGCCCUCCGGUGGGGCACCGACUACUUCCUGAAGGCCACGAGCGUUCCUGACAGGAUCGUCGCUCAGGUCGCCGACCCGGUCCUCGACCACGAUUGCUGGGAGAGGCCGGAGGAUAUGGACACUCCCAGGAACAGCUACCUGCUCAAUGCGUCGCACCCUGGCUCCGAGGUGGCAGGGGAAAUCGCGGCGGCCCUGGCCGUCGGCGCACUCGCCUUCAGGAAGAUCAGCCCUAGCUACACCAAAUUGCUCCUCAACAGGGCGAUUCAGGUAUUCGAGUUCGGCGACAAGCAUCGUGGGUCGUAUGCUCAGAGCGUGGGAGCUGGUGCCUGCCCCUUCUAUUGCAGCUCAAAUGGCUACAUGGAUGAAUUGGCGUGGGGAGCGGCAUGGUUGUUUAAAGCAACAGGGGAUAACAAAUAUGCUUACUACGUCAAAUCAAACUUAGGGACGAGCUUGACUGCGUUCAAUUGGGACUCCAAAUUCGCUGGAGUCUACGUUCUGCUAGCCUCUCUGGACUAUGCCUACGCAGCCAAUGCCGACAACCUCGUCUGCGCAAUCAUGCCCGAAUCGCCGUUCAAAACCUACACCUUCACUCCAGGCGGGCUUCUCUACGCGGAGGGAGCAUCCAGCAACAUGCAGAACCCAACAGCUCUCUGCUUCCUCCUCGCAGCGUACACCCGCGUCCUGAGGGCGCAAAACAGAGUCGUCCAAUGUGGGGACGUGAACAUCGCACCGUCGAGGCUGGACCGAUUCGUGGAAGGGCAGGUGGAUUACAUCCUGGGGAGCAAUCCGCUGGGGAUGUCGUACAUGGUCGGGUACGGAUCGAAGUACCCGCAGAGGAUUCACCACAGGGGAUCCGUCCUGCCCGACAUCAGGAAGCAUCCGGAGAGAAUCGGGUGUUCGGAAGGGUACGGGUUCUUCAGGAACGUGACUUCGAACCCGAACGUGCUGAUCGGGGCGGUGGUCGGAGGACCUGAUGUGAAUGACAGGUUUCAGGACAGUCGGCUCGUUGUUUCGCAGUCGGAGCCGACUACUUACAUCAAUGCCCCGUUCGUUGGAGUGUUGGCCUUCGUGAAGGGAAGGGCGAAUGUGUGAUUUUUGUUCGAACCUGUGGUCGACUGAUUUGUUUUAGCCACGGUAAAUUGUUUAGCCAUGGAUGGCAAGUAACUCGGCCCAGUCUGCAAGUUUUGGUUCUUGUUUACUGGUAGCCUGGUGUAAUUAGUACUAUCGGUUCACCAAAACACCUAAAUGUGGGUGUUCGAAUGUAAAUUCGUCAG